AAAGCCCGGCCCAUAUAAGCUGCAAUCCAUAACCUUUUCCCACCGUCGCUCAUAUUCACGAAUUUGAAAUUCUCCAAGAUUCAGUUUUUACUCUGAUACAACCGAAAAGAAGAAUACAUUAAAAAAGAAGCAACCUUUGAAAUUUCCAGGAACAAUUUCCCAAAAAUUUAAUCCCUCAAAUGGGCAGUAAAUACGCUGUGAAGAAACGGAGAGUUCAGAGGGAUCCGAAGAUGGCCGUAAAACAGGAAGUGAUCGAAAUCGACGAUUCGUGCCCUUCUCCCGUUCAAAACGGCACUCCUCUAAGACCUAUGUUUUGUCUGAAAAAUAGAGAAGAAAUCAAGAAAUUCGAGCAGGAAGAAGAGUGCUUCAUUCUUGAAUUCGAUCCCUACCAUAACUUGGAUGUGGCGAAGUUGCCUAGCAAUGCUGAGGCCGAGUUCAGCAUUGUUGCUGAGACGGGGCAGGUGGCAUGUAGAGAUUACCCACAUCCGAGGAACACUUGUGCAAAAUUUCCCUUCAACCAGACGCCUCACGACAAACACUGCAAAAUGUGCUACUGUUAUGUCUGUGAUCUAUCUGCUCCUUGUCUGAAGUGGACUGGAUCAUCUGGUCAUUGCCAUGCUUUCAAAAACGAGGCUUGGGACGACGAGAAGAGAGUAAGGAGACAAGUAACCAAGACUGUAUAGAAUUUGGAUUGUGAAUAGGAGCAGCUGCUGAAAAAGAUGCAGUUUUUUAAUGCUUUUGUUUCGUUUAGUUUGAUGCUAAUCGAUGAAAUGGAGUCGUUUGAAGGCGAUUUUUGUUACUUGAAGGUUUUGUUGAAUCAUGCUUACAAUCCAAUCCAUUACUUUAUGUAUUGGUCUUCGUUUCAUACCAAACAAAUUGAGACCAAUCUUAUGUAUAUAAAUGUGAAAAUUGAGUGAA